GUCUAGCCACUAGCAUUUGCAGUUAGGAAUUGUUGUCCGGAGGAAGAAGCAGCCUAGGCAUGCCGUCGCUUCAACCGGUGAUGGCCGGCGGAGCGUCGGGGAAUGACGACGGUGCCAAUAGUACGACGACGCUGGUGAGCCUGCUCCGGGCGAGGUCGGAGCGGAGCGCCCCGGAGGAGGAGAGGGUGGAGUGGGUGCGGUCGCAGCUCGUCGGCCGCGACGCCGAGUUCGAGACGCCCUUCGGCCGCCGCGCGCUGCUCUACGCCGACCACACCGCCACCGGCCGCAGCCUCCACUACAUCGAGGACUACAUCCUCAAGCACGUCCUCCCCUUCUACGGGAACACGCACACGGAGGACAGCUACGUCGGCAGCCGGACGACGCGGACGGCGAGGAAGGCGGCGCGCUACAUCAAGCGGUGCAUGGGCGCGGGCCCCGGCGACGCGCUGCUCUUCUGCGGGUCGGGCGCCACGGCGGCGGCGCGGCGGCUGCAGGAGGCGCUCGGGGUGGCGCCGUGCACGCCGGCGCUGCGCGACGCGGUGCGGCGGCUGCUGCGCCCCGAGGAGCGGUGGGUCGUCUUCGUGGGGCCCUACGAGCACCACUCCAACCUGCUGUCGUGGCGCCGCAGCCUCGCCGACGUCGUUGAGGUCCCCGCGGGCGCUGACGGGCUCGUCGACCUCGCCGCGCUCCGGAGCGCGCUCGCCGCGCCCGAGCACGCCGACCGGCCCAUGCUCGGCGCCUUCUCGGCCUGCAGCAACGUCACCGGCGUGCUCACCGACACCCGCGCCGUCGCCCGCAUCCUCCACCAGCACGGCGCCUUCGCGUGCUUCGACUUCGCCGCCAGUGGGCCCUACGUGGACAUCGACAUGAGGUCCGGGGAGAUGGACGGGUACGACGCGGUGUUCCUGAGCCCGCACAAGUUCGUCGGCGGGCCGGGCACGCCGGGGAUCCUGCUCAUGAACCGCGCGCUCUACCGCCUCGCCGGCCACCCGCCCUCCACCUGCGGUGGCGGCACCGUCGCCUACGUCAACGGCUUCAGCGAGGAGGACACCGUGUACUACGACGACAUCGAGGAGCGGGAGGACGCCGGCACGCCGGCGAUCGUGCAGAAGGUGCGCGCGGCGCUGGCGUUCUGGGUGAAGGAGCACGUCGGCCGCGGCGGCGCCGUCGCGCUGCGGGAGCGCGCCUACGCGGAGGCGGCCAUGGCGCGGCUGCGGGGCAACCCCAACGUGGAGGUGCUCGGCAACCUCACGGCGCGGCGCCUGCCCAUCUUCUCCUUCCUCGUCUACCCGCCAGGCGACACCGGCACCGGCGGCGGCGGGCGGCGCCGGCUGCCGCUGCACGGUCGGUUCGUGGCCAGGCUCCUGAACGACCUCUUCGGGAUCCAGGCGCGCGGCGGGUGCGCGUGCGCGGGGCCCUACGGGCACGCGCUGCUCGGCGUCGGCGAGGAGCUCUCGCUCCGCCUCCGCGCGGCCAUCGUGCGGGGUUACCACGGCGUGAAGCCCGGGUGGACGCGGGUGAGCCUCGCCUACUACAUGUCCCGGGAGGAGGUCCGGUUCGUGCUCGCCGCCGUCGACUUCGUGGCCGCGCACGGGCACCGCUUCCUCCCGCUCUACGCCUUCGACUGGGCCACGGGGGACUGGGCGUUCCGGCGCCGGACGUUCAAGCACCACGCCAUGAGGGAGGAGCUGCUGCGCGAGCACCACCAGGAGAAGAAGAAGAGCGCCGCCGCCGCCGCCGGCGCCGGGGACGACGAGCACGGCGGCCUCGGUGACGGCAGGUACGAGAGGUGCCUGGAGAUCGCCACCAGGAUCGCGCUGUCGCUGCCGGACACGUACGACGAGCUGGUGUCGAGCGUGCCCAAGGGAAUAGACCCCGACAUCAUACUCUUCCGAGUGUGAUUCAGUUCACGGGGGUCGACGAUGGACGACGUGUUGCUCUGAUUAAUCACUAAAAAAAUAGUAUACUGUACAUAGCGUAUAUAUGGACUACAGAGUUUUUCUUUUCUGGAAACCAAAAUUAUAGAGUUCCCUACAACACAAGGAAGAAGUGCAAGUAGAAUCUGAGUUGCCAACUUGCCAUACAGUACUUGUGCCAAGUAUCUGUGAGAGGGUUAAUGGAGAGUAGAGUACAGAUGCACCCUAUUGAGUUUCCUUGAGAAAAAAAGUGUACUCCAUUGAGUUGCA